AUGGAAAUCUCACAAGAAACAAAGGAAGGUGAAACUGGGGUGUCUCAGUUGGAGCACACUGAACAGGAUGUACCUCCAGUACUGAACGAGGAUGAACCUCAGACCCCUUACCAGCUGGGCUGGAGGACCAUACUGGCAGUCCUGACUUUAUCCAUGGCCAAUGUUUGUGCGGCGCUGUCUAAUACGACAAACACUACGAUCAAAUUCCAAGUAGCAACCGUCGCACAUUCGCCGUCUGAUGCCGCUCUCGCCUCGUGGAUUGCCAAUGGCAACUUUCUUCUCAGCCUUGCGCUGGGCCCGAUAUUUGGCUCUGUUAGCGAUCGCUUAGGCAAGAAAUGGUUCCUUGUAGGAGGCGCCUCGCUCGGAGUUAUUGGAUCCAUGGUCUCCGGGUCUGCCCAUAAAAUCACCGAUAUCAUCGGGGGCAAUAUCCUAACUGGUAUUGCCAAUGCAGGCUGUAUCGUUUCCAUAUCCUGCAUCCAAGAAAUCAUGCCCAACAAGCUUCGCCCCUGGGCAAUGGGUGUCUCCCAAGCCAUGGCCAGCGCCUUUGUCAUUCUCGGGACCUUCGUUGCAGCAGCGUUUGUCCAACAUAAUAUAGGAGGUGCCGGUGGAUGGCGCUGGGCUUACUACUUCAACGGAAUCAUCUAUGGCUUCACUGCGGUCGCAAUAGGGCUUACUUAUUUCCCACCCCGUCCGCUACUCGGUCGACACCGUGCGCUGAAGGAAAUCAUGACUACCGUGGACUUUGUCGGUAUCCUCUUGAUGGCAGGAUCGUUUACGUCGCUUAUCAUCGGUCUGACCUGGGGCGGCACUACGUACCCGUGGAAUUCGGGACGGAUCAUUGCUACGCUGACGAUGGGAUGUGUUGGGCUUGUUCUGUUCGGGUUAUACGAAGCUUUCGUCGUAAAGGAGGGUAUUCUUGAUCGUCGAUUGUUUUCCGAGUCGAUGAAUUUCCCGAUUUUGCUCUUCGUGUGCACGAUUGAUGGAAUCCUGCUGCUCGGUGUGAAUGUCGCUCUCUCGCAGGAGAUCUUUGAUUUGUUCACACAAGAUGCAGUGAGUAUUGCGGUGAUGUUGACUCCAUACUUGGCUCUCUCGACUUUUGGUUGUAUCCCGGCGGGCUGGAUCAUGGCGUCUACCAAGUCAUACAAGACCCUACUGGUUGCUGCUCUACUCUGGUGUUCCCUUUUUACAGGCUUGAUGGGCCUCAUCACUGCCGAGAGGAAGAGCUGGGCGUACGCUUUCUCCGCACUAUUCGGUGCUGGCACGGCCGUAACAACCACCAUUCCAGUCACUGCCCUCGCCCUCUCCAUCCCAUCCUACCUAAUCGGCACAGCUGCCACCGUAUCCAUGUCCUGCCGAGCCCUGGGAGGCAUCGUCGGCAUCACUAUCUUCACGGCGAUCUACAACAACAAAUACGCCUCAUACGUUGGUCCCGAAAUUGCGAAUAACUCUGAAGCCCCCGUUCAAAAGGUGGAGAGUGCUAUGGCGUGGAAGUAUAUGUGGAUCACGCUUGCGUGCUUGAUUGCCGCGAAUGGCGUUGCUGCUUGCUUCUUGAAGAGUGUUAAGAGUAUGAUGACUGGGCAUGUUGAGUCUGCUUUGGAGCAUAAUAAGAUUCGGGAGAAGCAGCUUGAGUAA